GUUCCGGGCUUACAACGCGCGUACGCAGUCGAUAGACGACGCGUUUUUGCGCGUCGUUUUUUUUAAAAGCAGCGGUUGAUUUUCAAAUGAUAAACGAAUAAAUUAAUUUAUAAUAAAUACUGGAAAGUGUUUGUAAAUGAGUGCUUAUUCAUUUUACAUAAAAGAGUUUACAGAAGUUUUAUAAUAAGUGAUAAAAAAAGUGGGAAUCCUAAAAAAGUGGUGAAGAAAGUGUUUUUAGUACUCGUAAUAUGAAACAACAAAUUGUUUUCAAUUGAAGGUAAUUGGUCGUGAGUAAUUUUGUAGUAGCGGCCAGAAAUAGCGUAACAGCACCUGCCAGCCAGCCAACCCGCCGAGUGGCUAGUGCAGAGGUUUUCAGUGCCACCCAUUUGCGGUGCAAACAAUGCAACAAAUAAAUAAAUUUAAUUAAAUGAAUUUAAAUAAAUGAGAAUCCAAGUGCCCUUGACGUGCAACAAGUGCAGGGCAGUGGCGAGUGGAUCGAGUUAUGUGCUGCAACAUUGUUGAGUGUAACUAAAAAUUUCAAGUGCGUCUCUAAAUAGCAGAAAAAAAUUUCUAUUUCGAUAUAAAAAUUAAAUCGUGCAAAAGCCAAUAAAAAUAAAUUUCAAAGCCAAGGUAAUCGAGCGUGGUGAGGAGAGCCUCUAGUAACAAGAUGUCAGAUUUUUCGGAUAGUUCACAUAGCGGUGUUGCCAGUCCAGCAUCGUCGUUAAUUGAAAAUUUCCACAAGAAAAAUGGCACUACACCUACGACAAGUGGUGGCGGCACAGUGGCCACAGUAACAACGCCCGCAAUUAAUGGCCUCACGGCAGGUAGCAGCAAUGGCAGCAAUGGGUUGAGCAGUGCAACAACAACGACCGUGGGGCGACAUAUAAAUACAAGUUCCAGUUCCAGUAGUAGUGUUAAGGAAACAUCAUCCACAUCGCAGCAGGUCGUCAACAGCAGCACAACAACACGCGUUGAAAAGAAACGUUUACAUCACAUCACAUCAUCAUCAUCUUCGUCCACGUCCUCCUCGUCCACAUCAUCGUCCGAAAUGAAGACGGCAGCACUGAAACGCGAUUUGAGCGAAAUCAAAAAUUCCAUGUCCGAAAUCACCGAUCUGGUCGGUCGUAAUACCAAUAACACGAGUAGCGGUGGUCUGGGUAGCAACAACAACUUGGCCAUAUCAGCAUCAGCGCAUCAGCCAUCCAUAAACGAUCUCACACAAUUGAAUGCGCUGAACAGUUCGGAUGCCAUCAAUAAGUUGAAGAAAAAAAUCCGGUCAUCCAUUGAAAAUCUCGUCGACAGCGAUGCAGAACCAUUGGUUACAUUUCCCGAUACUGAUGAUGAUCAUCACAAUUUGGCCGACUUGGUAAGCGCUUCGAAUGGCAAACUUAUGACCAAUGGACUGAAUGGAUCGGGCAAAAUUGUUGAUACCGUUAAAUUCGAAGAGAAACGUACAAAGACCGAAUCGAAGACGAAAGUUGUAGCCGAUGGUUUCAGUACGGAGCAAGCAACUAGUAAUUUGGCCGAAAUGAAACGGCUACAAACGGGUGAUAUCGAUUAUCAGGAAGCUAAAGCGGCAGCAGCGAUGCGAAAUCGCACUGAAAUGGAUGGCGUGAAAACCGAGGAAAAUGCCGCCGUUAUACAGGAAGCUCUCUCCUUACGCACUGGCGAUAUUACCCAACAGGCCAGCAAUAAUGUGGCCGCCGCCAGUAUUAAAGUGCAAAGUGAUACCUUCUCCGCCGACAAAAAAGCCAUCUCACAAUCGCAGCAAUCACAAACGAUGACCUCAAACGGCAUCAUCAGCCAAGAGAAGCACGUCUCGUCUGCAUCGCAAGCGAAUUACACAAUGACGCAUAAGGGUGUCUCCAGUUCGGGCAGUAGCAUGAUCUCGUCCUCUUCGCAAAUGUCCGCUACCAAUGGUGCACUCAUCAAGCUGCACGAUCUUAAGUUGGAUGACCUGAAAGCACUGACAUCCGGCAGCGGUCAACGUGAGAUCGAGCAAGCGAUUGCCAAGUACUCCGGCGUGUUGACAUCGUUCGUGAAUACACUGGAGGAUUCAAAGGCUGCUCAAGAGAAGUCAAUGUAUUUGGAGAAAAUCAAUGAAGUUAUGCAACGUGCCUGGGCUGUGCCCACACAUGGACACGAGCUCGGCUAUAGUUUGUGCAAUUCGCUGCGCAAUAGCGGCGGUCUAGAUUUGCUCAUGAAGAACUGUGUGCAGGGUGAUAUGAAAAUCAAAUUCUCAUCGGCCAAGUUGUUAGAGCAAUGCCUAACGACAGAGAAUCGUACACAUGUUGUAGACAAUGGACUCGACAAAGUGGUGAAUGUGGCCUGUAUGUGCACAAAAGAACCAAAUACCGAACAUUCACGUGUGGGCACCGGCAUACUAGAACACCUAUUCAAACACUCGGAAGUCACAUGUUCCGAUGUCAUCAAAUUAGGUGGCUUGGAUGCAGUGCUCUUCGAAUGCCGUACAAAUGAUGUGGAAACAUUGCGACAUUGUGCAAGUGCCUUAGCUAAUCUGUCUUUGUAUGGUGGCGCCGAAAAUCAAGAAGCUAUGAUCUUCCGCAAGGUACCCAUGUGGCUAUUCCCGCUAGCGUUCCAUGACGACGACAACAUAAAGUACUAUGCCUGUCUUGCGAUCGCCGUACUAGUCGCCAAUAAAGAGAUCGAAGCUGAAGUGCUGAAGUCAGGUUGCCUCGAUUUGGUGGAACCCUUCGUCACCACACACGACCCAUCGGAAUUCGCGCGCUCAAAUCUAGCGCACGCACACGGCCAAAGCAAACAUUGGCUAGAACGACUGGUGCCAGUUCUAAGUUCGAAUCGCGAAGAAGCUCGCAAUCUGGCCGCCUUCCAUUUCUGCAUGGAGGCGGGUAUCAAGCGCGAACAGGGAAACACCGAAAUAUUUCACGAGAUCGGCGCCAUCGAAGCACUAAAGACUGUAGCGAGUUGCCCCAAUGCAAUUGCCUCCAAAUUCGCAGCGCAAGCGCUACGUCUCAUCGGCGAAACUGUACCUCAUAAAUUGUCGCAGCAAGUGCCACUGUGGUCUGUCGAAGACGUGCAAGAGUGGGUGAAACAAAUCAACUUUGGCCAAUUUGUGAAACAAUUCGAAGAAUCACAAGUAGAUGGUGAUCUAUUGUUAAAGUUAAACGAGGAGAAUUUGCGUGACGACAUUGGCAUCUCGAAUGGCAUACUGCUGAAACGCUUUGAACGUGAGCUGCAAAAUCUCAAACGCAUGGCUGACUACUCCUCCAAGGACACAGCGAAAAUGCACCAGUUCUUGGCCGAAAUCGGACCGGAAUACGGCACCUACACAUAUGCAAUGCUACACGCAGGCAUAGAUCGGAAUUCAUUGCCACAGCUGAAUGAAGAUAUGCUGAUUGCGGAGUGUGGCAUCAAGAAUUCAAUACAUCGGCUGCGCAUACUGAACGCGGUAAAAAACCUAGAAAAUUCACUACCCAGCUCGUCCGAAGAGAAUAUGGCAAAGACGUUGGACGUUUUUGUCAGCUAUCGGCGUUCGAAUGGCUCGCAAUUGGCCAGUUUGUUGAAGGUUCACUUGCAACUGCGCGGUUUCUCGGUGUUCAUCGAUGUUGAGCGCCUGGAAGCGGGCAAAUUCGAUAAUGGACUGCUAAAUAGUAUUCGUCAGGCGAAAAAUUUCGUUUUAGUAUUAACACCAAAUGCGCUGCAACGGUGUGUUGAUGACGAAGAAGGCAAGGAUUGGGUGCAUCGCGAAAUCGUGGCCGCUUUGAAAUCAAAUUGUAAUAUUAUUCCAAUAAUAGAUCAACAAUUUGCGUGGCCCGAAACCGACCGAUUACCGGAAGAUAUGCGCAGCGUUUGUCAUUUCAACGGCGUCACGUGGAUACAUGACUAUCAGGAUGCCUGCAUCGAUAAACUAGAGAGAUUUAUGCGCGGUGAAAAGAAUUUGGAUCGCCUCGUAGGUAUGCCCAGCACACCCGGUUCGGUGACUUACCAAAGAAUGCACAGCAACGAUUCCGACUAUCAGCAGAGUGUGAGUGGCGGCAGUGUCGGUGGCGGUGGCAGUGGCGGCAGCAGCGCCGGUGGUGCGGCGAAUAGCAGCGGACAAGCAGCUAAUCACCAGGCAAAUAGAUACCGGCAAUCUCCCUCACCGGCCAGACAGCGCAUUGGCGGCAGCUGCGGCCCCUUAGGCAGCAAUGGGCAGCUGAGCAUGUUCGGGCGUGGUUCGAAGCGUAACGUACUGCCGCCAUACCGCACCCAACAGACGUCGGCACAGCAAAAGGCGUUGCUCAUGGGUGGUUCCAUGCAAAACGUGUCGCCAUAUGGCUAUCGCCCGCCCCGACGUAGCUCAGCUGGCGGUAUUUGCAAUGCGAAUGGCAGUAGCGGCAACAACAAUAGCAACGGUUCGGCUGCAGGUGGUGCAGCGAGUUAUCGUAGUCAUAGUGUCGACGGGUUGUUGGACACAACCGAUGGUUUGGAUCCCAAUGACCGAAUUGCAGAGAUGGCGGCGCUGGUCGCUGCCGGUAGCACGGCGCUCACCAACGCCAGUUCGACAAGUACUCUGCAGCCUGGCAACGAUUACGCUUCGUCGGUGGGUUCACUUUCGGAACUAAUUGAACCGGAAAUCGUGGCGAAACGUGAGAAGACAAAUUUGCCACCAAAUCCGCAGCAUCGCAAAUCGCGCUCACUCGAUCAUUUUCUAGAUGAGAAAACGUUGGCGGUAAUUACGAUGCCACAACCUGCACCCAUGGAGGGUACACAGAGUAUGCAGAACCUUGCCACGCCAAUAACGCCCGAUCUCAAUCGUGGUACACGCACACAACCAAUGCCACAACGCGCUGGCAGUGUAAUGCAAUGUGACUCGUCGACAUCCAGUGCGGCGACCACGCCCGAACGCAACGUCGUACGCAAACAUCAUCAUGGGGCGGCAGUUGUUCGGCGAAGCCCCGAAGGUAUUAGCUCAACAGAAGAUGAGCGGGAGGAUUCACUAUCGCUGCGUAGCAGUAGCACCUCGUGUGGCAGUAUGCUGAGAGCGCAGACGCGCGCAUCGGCCCAUACACACCGCGGUAGUCAGAAUAGUGGCAAGACUUCGACAACAUCAUUGGGUAGCAAUGCGACAGGAAACUCCCACAAUAACAGCAACAACAACGCAAACAAUAAGACUAUUCUGAAUCGAACAAUCAAAAAAGUUCGUUCGCUGAUCAAAAAUAACGAUUUAGAUGCUGACGAAUUACCAGGGUUAAUUUUAGCACAAGCAACCGCACCCACCUCCGGCAGAAUUAUAGUUUGGUAGUUUUACAAAUACAAAAGCCAAUGCAAGGUAUUAAAUUUCUAAAUAGAGGUUAUACAGUCGAACGGAAAGCGCGAGGAAGCAGAUGUCUAAGCAUUUGAGUUGGGAACAAUUCAAAUUCCAACUUCGCUUCGAACACUGUGACGCAAGAGACUUUCGUUUCUUUUGAGUUUCAUGCAAAAGUAAUUUCUAAGUACUCAAACUCCACGCGCAGUACGAUUAAAAGCCUCAAGGAGUAUGCAGGUAGCAUACGCAUAUCGCACAUAUUUUUCAACGAAGAUACAAAUCAAUUUUUUGGUUUGCCAGAAAACGCAAAAGGGUCACUUAUUACAGUACGCGGAGAAACAUAACCGUGCUGACAGAAAUUUACAACAGAAACUGCGUUGCUUCUUUGCUGGCUAUUAAAGAUGUGCAAUUUGAUUGUAUAAAAUGUAAGGAAACUUUUGAUUGUAUAAAAUGUAAAAAAACUGGUGUUUUUUUCUUUAAUUUUGAGUUGUGUCACUUUUGAAAAGUAUAUGCGGUAUGUAAAUGCGCUGGUAAAAAGAUAAGGGUUAACUAUGCAUCAACACAAUAUCGACACCCUUUUCCAAUUUACUAACGAAAAAUGUUUGUAUGUAUGUACAGAUGUACUAUUUUAAGUGUGUAAUUGAUAAUUUUUUUGUUGAAAGUCGUUUGGCUUUGGAAAAGUAUUGUUCCAAUUUUACUAAGGAUACAACGAAUCGAAAUAAAUGUUGGAAGUAUUAUAUAGAUUUAUAGAA